ACUGGGGUUAUAACUGGUGUAGCAAUCCCUGGCUCCUACUCUCAGAACAGAACACGGUUGCCAUGCAGACAAGCGUCUAUUCACCUCAGGAAACGCACUGACAGGAAAUCAAAGGAAUGGCCCCAGCUAAGUCCAGCCUGUGAACCAACCAACAAGCCUCAUAAACUUCCCCGCUCCCUCCAGGAUGCCACCAUCAGCCUUUGUGACACAUGGUCUUUGAGACACUACAGGCUUGCUAUCUGCCUGGCCAGGUGCUGCCUGUGGCGGGAGACAAAGAUCAAGCCUGGUCCUGACUUCCGGACCAUGGAGAGAAGGAAGCCUUUGACUCAGAAGCCAUUGCCCAUGUGAUGCGGAGCCGUGCUCCCCAGCGGCUGCAUGCCUGGUGAAUGUGGACAACAUAGGGCCAUGGAUGCCAGAAAAUGGCAGGGUAGCCGUGGCUGGCGAUGGUUCAGAGGUCACAACUAAAAAUGGCAGGGUAGCAGUGGCUGAACAUGAUUCAGAGGUCACAACUGGAGCUGGGCUCGAGGCAGGGGGACCCCAAGGUUUGAAGGCCCAGGAGAAGGACUAAGGAAGACUCAUCCCAGCUUGCUCUCUGCCUCCCCAGAUUGUGCCUCUCUGCGGUGAAUGCAGCCUCAAGGGUCUGUCUUUGUGGGUGUGCCCCUCCUGGGACCCAUCCUGAUUUGCAUGUUCACUCAUAAUCAGACAUCCGGUUGGUGUGAGGAAGAGGGGAAGCUGUGGUGCCCACCCCGAAAGGUCAUUUUGAUUGUAUGGGCGACCAUCUACUCUGUCAUUGGCUACUCCUCCUACCUGGUGUGGAAGGACCUGGGAGGGGGCUUCCGGUGGCCCCUAGUACUGCCCCUUGGCCUCUACACUUUCCAGCUCACCCUCAGUUGGACCUUCUUGAUGCUCUUCCUGACAGCCAACAACCCUGGGCUGGCCCUCCUGGACCUGUUGCUGCUCUAUGGGCUGGUGGCAAGCAUGGUGCUUAUCUGGCAGCCGAUCAACAAGCUGGCUGCUCUGCUCCUGCUGCCUUACCUGGCCUGGCUCACCGUGACUGGUGCCAUCACCUACCGCCUGUGGAGGGACAGCCUAUGUCCCGCAUACCAGCCUUUGCCAUCCGAGAAGAGCAACUGAGGGGCCAGGGUGUAGGAAAGGAGGGAGGACGGCAAGUGGGAGGAUUCGGUGUGGAGUGGGGCGGGGGACAUUUGAUGUGGUCACUCUCCUGGAUCUGACUUCGGAGAAAUAGAAAAGAGGGCUUGCUUUCUGACACAUAAUAAAAUCCUGCUGUUGA